AGAAAGCAAUGGUUCCAGUCGAUUGUGGAAACAGAAAAAUAUGGCUACAAUUUUACCGUCGUCUCUCCUCCCAACGAGAGCCCUGAGUGCUGCUCUCCCAACCCAUCAUCGACCUCUCCUCAAUUCUUCUGGUCCACAAGCCAAAACUCGAAGGUCCUUCUCUUUCAGAGUCCGAGCAGCAAAGCUUCCUCCUGGUGUAGAAGUGCCAAAGGUAGAGCCCAAAUUCCAAUCUCCUUUCCUGGGAUUCACAAAGACUGCAGAGAUAUGGAAUUCUAGAGCUUGUAUGAUCGGCCUUAUUGGGACCUUCAUAGUAGAGCUAAUAUUAAACAAGGGGAUACUUCAAGUCAUUGGAGUGGACGUGGGGAAAGGACUUGAUCUUCCUCUAUGAGUAUAUUUACAUGUAUUCUUUACAUACUAGGGGUUUGUACUUGAAAUAUAACUCUGUUCUUCCAUCAUUCUGUAAUUGGGCAUUUGCUUCCUAAGCGGAGUACUCUAGAAAUUAAGAUGAGCGCCUUCUCAACCCAAAUGCAAGGUCUCAAUGCAACAGCCAAAACUGGAACUGCAGCAUUUAAUC